CGAUGCGCCUCGGCGAUCUGCCGGGUGAGCUGCAGCAGGCGUUCGUGCGCGGGCAGUGCUGAUAAAAUGUUCGGCGGCUGUGCUCCUGCGCUGGUGGUAGACAUCUCCGGGUCUUCGUGCUAGCCGGAGGAGCAGAACUGCGGCUACGAGUCCGAGGUCUUGCGAGUGAGCCGCCGACGAUGUCGUGACCCUGCUUGCCGCACGACGAGGACAUGUCCACCUACAGGACAAGGGUCCAUGACUUGCAGAGGCUCUUGGAGUCUGAUCGUAUUGACACACGGAGGCUUCGCGAGCUCUGCUUUCAAGGCAUUCCAGAUGACAGUGGUUUGCGGCCUCUCUGUUGGCGGCUUCUGCUCGGGUUCUUGCCUGCAAGCCGCUCGGAAUGGCCAGCCGUCCUGGCUAAGCAGAGGAGCCUGUACGAACAGUUUGUGGAUGACAUGAUUGUGUCCAAUCAAGAAGGUGGUGCCAGUCCCACCGAGCCGGAUGACCAUCCCCUGAGUGUGAACCCAAGCAGCCGGUGGCAGGCAUACUUCCGGGACAAUGAGGUCCUCCUGCAGAUCGACAAGGAUGUGCGACGCCUGUGCCCAGACAUGUGCUUCUUCCAGCGCGCUACUGAGCACCCAUGUGUCCGGAUUGCUGCCAACCCACGUGUGCAAGGUCUGCGGGAGCGUGUGCAGCGCAGCAUGCUACGAGCAGCGAAUGUCACUCGCUCUCGCCAAGGCAUCACUAACAUAUCAGCUUGUGUACGGUCGCGACCCGCACACGAGGCACUUGAGCAACUGGGUGAAGGACAAGAGGCCCACUGGGAAGUGGUUGAACGUAUUCUAUUCCUGUAUGCAAAGUUGAAUCCAGGCCUCGGAUAUGUUCAAGGCAUGAAUGAGAUUAUUGGUCCCAUCUACUACACACUGGUGUCUGAUCCAAAUCCAGAGUGGAGAAAGUAUGCAGAAGCGGACUGCUUCUUCUGCUUCACGAGCCUCAUGUCGGAGAUUCGGGACUUCUUCAUCAAGACGUUGGAUGAAUCAUCGUCUGGCAUUGGUGCCAUGAUGGAGCGCCUCAUGCAGCUGCUGCGUCGCCGGGACGAUCGGCUGUACGGCCACCUGAAGCAGCUGCAAGUAGAGCCGCAGUACUACAGCUUUCGAUGGAUCAUGCUUCUCCUCUCUCAGGACUUCCCGCUGCCUGAUGUGCUGCGUAUCUGGGAUUCUUUGUUUGCUGAUCCACAGAGGUUCACUUUUCUCAUCUACAUCUGCUAUGCCAUGCUUUCGAAGUUGCGGGACAAGCUCAUGAUGGGCGACUUUCCCUCCAACAUCAAGCUUCUUCAGAAUUUUCCCGACGUGGACGUGAGCGAGCUGAUUUCCCAGGCCCUGUCUAUCCAGCAGGAAGACCUCACGUUUUCCUUCAGCUGAUGCUGUGCAGCAGCUACCUAAACAGGCAGCUACUGCAUUCCUGCUCUAGGCCACACCGACCAAUUAUGCUCACAACUCCCCAUAAGGGGACAAUAAACUUUUUUUGCUUCGUUA